GUUUUCGUCUGCUUUUCUUCAAAUACAAUCCCGCCGUUUAUGAGAUCACACGUGGAACCUGACAACAGAAAAAAUGGCUAGCUUACCACAGAAAAAAUUUUAUCGGCAAAGGGCCCACAGUAAUCCCAUCGCUGAUCACUGUUUUGAUUACCCGGUCUCUCCCAAUGAGAUGAAAUGGGAAGAGUUGUACUCCACAUUUACCAACGACGAUGGAGUGAAAAAACAUGUCCAGUUUGCUGACAUUGGCUGCGGCUAUGGCGGCUUAUUAAUUUCAUUAUCCACUAUGUUUCCAGAGACCUUGAUGUUAGGAAUGGAGAUACGCGUUAAAGUAUCAGAGUAUGUUCAGGAUCGUAUUAAGGCAUUAAGAAUUAUGCAUCCUGGUGCUUACGGGAAUGUUGCCUGCUUAAGGAGCAAUGCCAUGAAGUAUCUGCCCUGCUUUUUCAACAAAGGACAGCUGACAAAAAUGUUUUUUCUUUUCCCUGAUCCCCAUUUCAAGAAGGCGAAGCAUAAGUGGCGCAUAAUCAAUGAUACUCUAUUAGCUGAAUAUGCCUAUGUGUUAGCUGAAGGAGGAUUAGUUUACACAAUUACUGACGUCAAAGAUCUGCAUGAAUGGAUGGUUAUGCAUCUAGAACAACAUCCACUGUUUAAAAGAUUGACUCAGGAGGAGCUGGAUCAAGAUAUUGUAGUACCAAAAUUGUACGAAUCAACAGAGGAAGGGAAAAAGGUCACACGAAAUAGUGGAGACAAAUUUCUUGCUGUAUUUAGAAGGAUUCCCGAUCCAUAUGUACCCGAACAAGCUAAUUGCUAAUAUAUCAAAAUCAGUUUGCCUGCU